AUGGCCCGCAUACGCUCCCCGACCGCGGCCGAGCUGCUGGCUGCCGCCUCCGGCUUCUGGUCGCGCCUAAAGGUCCGCUUCAAGUGGCUCACGAUCCGCAGCAACCGCAACUUCAACGCCGAUGAGCUCUACGCCCUCUUCUCCUGGGUCCUGGCCGCCCACGUCGCCUGGAUCGUCCUGGGCACCACCUCGUUCCUCAUGCUGACCGUCUUCAUGAUCAACACGGCCUUUUCGCAGGAGACGCUCGCCAAGUGGAUCGGAAACUACCUGACCAAGUCGUCGGGCAUCCGCGUCGUCUUCGAGACGGCCGUCGUGCCCAAGUGGAAGGACGGCGUCAUCUCCUUCCACAAGGUCUUUGUCUCGCGGCGACCGGGCCAGGGCAAGGGCAACGUCACAAAGGGCUCGCAGACGUCGGCCGCUGCCGAGGCCGCCGCCGGGGCUGCCAUUGCCCACCCCGGCAGGGACGCGCCCGUCGACGAGGAGGACGCCAAGCACGCCCAGUCCGACGUCUCCGUCGACGGGGACGCCAGCCACGCCCAGUCCGACGUUUCCGUCGACGAGGACGACACCAACUACACGCAGUUUGACGUCUCCAUCGACACCGUCAACGUCACCCUGUCCUUCUCCAAGUGGUUCAACGGCAAGGGCCUGCUCAAGGACGUCGAGAUCAAGGGCAUCCGCGGCGUCAUCGACCGGACCGCCGUGCACACCGUCGAGGGCGUCGAUCCGCGCUCCUACAAGCACGACCACAGCCCCGGCGACUUUGAGCUCGACUCGUUCAAGAUGGAGGAUCUGCUCGUCACCAUCUACCAGCCCGACGGCUUCCGUCCCUUCCCCGUCAGCAUAUACUCGUGCCAGCUGCCCCAGCUGCGCAAGCAGUGGCUCUUCUACGACUUUCUCUCCGCCAGCAUCAUGUCCGGCUCCUUUGACGGCUCGCUCUUCACCCUCCACCCGCGCCAGUCCCACAGCUACACGGGCAUGCAGCUCAGCAGCGGCCGCGGCGCAGACGGCGGCUCCACCUGGAAGAAGCACUCGCGCAUCCGCAUCGACGCCCUCAACAUUGACCACCUGAACCGCGGCUACGACGGCCCCUUCUCCUGGAUCCACGAAGGCAACGUCGACAUUGUCGCCGACAUCAUGCUGCCCAACGACGACGACGAAUCCCUCGCAAAGGUCAUGAGCGACAUGUACGACCGCGUCGAAGCCACCGUCAGCCAAAACGGCCGCGCCGUGCGCCACCACUUGUCCGACCACGCCUCCCACGGCUUCGACCACCACGACUUCGACCACGACGACGACGCUGUCCAAGAGGCCCUCGACCGCUUCAUCAUCAUGGACCUCAAGGUCCAUCUGAACGACGUGCGCGCCGCAGUGCCCAUCUUCACGCGCGACAUGUCCUACGUCAACAACGCCCUCGUCCGGCCCAUUGUGGCCUACAUCAACAGCAAGCGCACCUUUAUCCCCGUCAACUGCAGGGUCGUGAAGAAGCUCAGCGAGUUUGACGGCAGCUGGACCCUGUACGACAGCGGCCUGAUGGAGGAGGUCUCGCGCGAGAUGUACGACGCCUUUGCCCGCGAUGUCCUCGACGACCGCACCGUGAGGAAACGCAGGAUCAAAAAGGUCGGCAUCUGGACCCUGCAGCUAGCCGCCCAGGCCCUGUUCCUCGGGCUGGCUGGAAACAUGGCGUAG